GCUGCCAUCCGACAGGCAGCUGAGAAUGGAGCAACUGCUGUUGAGCUGGAUCUUGAAUUCACUGCAGAUGGUGUUCCCAUUCUAAUGCACGACGACACAGUGGAAAGGACAACUGAUGGAUCUGGCAGAUUGUGUGACUUGACUUUUGAUGAAAUUAGGAAGCUUAAUCCAUCUGCAAAGCACAGGCUACGGAACAAAUUCCAAGAUGAAAAGGUACCAACUCUGAGAGAAGCUGUCGUGGAGUCUAUGCAUCACAAUCUUACAAUCUACUUCGAUGUCAAAGGCCAUGCAAACCAGGCAGUUGAUGCCCUGAAACAACUCUACCUGGAAUUUCCACGUUUGUACAACAGCAGCAUAGUCUGUUCUUUCAUGCCAGAUGUUGUUUAUAAGAUGAGACGAGCUGACAGGAAUGUUGUGACAGCACUAACACACAGGCCUUGGCACCUGAGUCACUCUGGGGAUGGGAUACCCCAUUUCAGCUCCUUCUGGAAACACUACUGGUACACAGCGAUGGACGUCAUCCUGGAUUGGAGCCUACACAGUUUCUUGUGGCGAUUGUGUGGGAUUUCAGCUUUCCUCAUAGAGAAAAAUUUUGUUUCUCAGGACUAUGUGAGGUACUGGUCUGAAAGAGGAAUUCAAGUGGUUCCCUGGACAGUGAACACGUUUGCAGAGAAAAACUACUAUGAAAGUGUCCUUGAGUGCAGCUACAUCACUGACAGCUUGGUGGAGGACUGUGACCCUGUGCUUUUAGCAAACCAGCGAGAGACUCCGAGUCAGAAGUACAAUUGA